GGUUUAGAUUUUAGUGCAGUAAAUAAAAAACUGGACACAAUGCUCAAAAUGCUGGUGUUGAUCAUUUCUGGAUGUUUUUUCUCAGUGUUUGGUCACGAACAUCAUCACCAUUUCUAUCUCCCGGAGGUAUCUGAGCACAAGGCCAAAUCCUUUCUACACAAAAGACAAGCUACCCCAAACCCCAGAUACUGCACGGAAAUAAGAUACGAGAGUUGGUGUGAAUCAAACAUACGAUACUGUCAGGGACAACAUGAAUAUACAAGAGAACAAAUGUGUGCAACAUCAGCACCUUGUGUUCCUGGCCAGCACUGUCUGUUGACAACUCCCUGUCCAGCUCAUUUUACAUAUGCUUGCGUUGACAUUAACGAAUGUGCGAGCAACCCGUGCCAAAAUGGCGGAACAUGCCACAACGGAAACAACCUGUAUACAUGCACGUGUUUACCUGGAUGGACGGGACAUGAUUGUGAAAUAGAUAUUGAUGAAUGUGCCAGCUCUCCCUGUAUGUAUGGAAAUGAUUGCAUUGAGGAUAGAAUCAACAGCUUUGUGUGUGUUUGCAGUGAGAGAUACGAGGGAGUUCACUGUGAACGAGAUUGCAGACCAGGGCCAGCUGAUAUAAUGUUCUUACUAGAUACGUCACUAAGUCAAUUAGAGGUCAUGAAUCGGUCCAUAGAGUAUAUGACUAGAUUUGUAAAACAGAUUCCGAUUGGACCAAACGACUUUCAGGUGGCUCUUGUGUCUUAUGCUUUUAAACCUGAAUUGGUCUUUAAUUUCACUGCUCAUCAAAGUAAUACAAGUGUCCUUGACGCAUUGUCUUUGAUAAAAAGUGAAAGUGGUCCGACUACAACAUCAGACGCACUCACAUUUGUUGCACAGGAAAUAUUAAAGCCAGAAAAUGGUGCUCGUCUGCUACCCAACAUUAGCCAUUAUGCCGUGAUUGUAACAAACGGAUUGUCAACAGAUCGGAAUCAAGCAAUUCAAACAGCCCAGUUCCUGAAAGCCACAGAUUCCAGAUUCAAAAUACUUGCUGUAGGUGUGGGUGACGACAUCGGCCAUGAAGAGCUGAUACAACUCCCUACAGACCCUUCCUACACGUUUGCCCCUGACAACGACGAUCUUCUCAUGGCGAUGUUGAAGGAUGCCGCGGAUUACGGAUGCACAGAUUGCAACAGUUCGUCUGUGACUGAUGUAGUGAUCCUCUUUGACACCUCCAAAACCACAAGUCCGUUGACUGGAAAUUCAAUCCAUUCUCUUAAAGUUGUUGACAAACUCUUUGACUCUUUUGAUGUAACAAACACAGAUAUCAGAGCAGCUAUGAUGACAUACGGAAAUGGAUCCCAGAUAAAAUUCAACUUUCAUCAACGAUCAAUCCAUGAUACCAAGGCUAAAAUAUAUACAGCAUCUAUCGAAGAUGAAAAAGGAAAUACUUCCCUUGCAUUAUCUAGUGUACAAGACAAGUUAUUCUUUGGAGUCUCUACAGGAAGCAGAUUUGCUGCUAGAAAAAUAGUUUAUCUAUUUUCAAACGGAAAAUGGACAAUGAACGAGAUUUCUGAAAUUAAGCAAGAAAUUCUCAAAUUACAUGAUGCUGGAAUUAGCGUCAAUAUAAUGAUACCAAUAAGAAGUCUCAAUGCAGAGAUGGACAACAUUUUGACCAAUGCAAGCAAUGUAGCAUUUGAUCCAUUCAGGGUUUACUUGAUAGAGGAUAAUGCAAGUUCUGUUUCAUUCGCACUGAACGCAGCUGUGAGAGAUACAAAAUAUGUGGAAUGUCCUCCUGAUAUAUUCAAAGCAAAGCAGUGACAAAGAACUCUGGUAUGCAGAGUAUACUUGAAUGUUUCAUAAAAAUCCGGUCUUUUGUCAAAAUCGUUUUCACGGUCGGUAAGACGAAAAUAAUGUGGAAUGCAAUCUGCGUCAGAACACUGUUGAGAAAUACAUUGCACUUGUUUGACACCUGUGACAUAGACAGGGUUCUAAACAAGCUAUUUUUAGAACGGUGUUUGUCAGAGUUGAUAGAAAGAUGACAUAACACUUGUUUUGUCAUAACAUAACAAAAUUUCCUAGAAACGAAGGUUUCGAAUUUUCAUUUUAGUAUAGAUAGACUGUACAUUCUGUGGUAUUAAGCACUCGUGAAACAUUCUAUACGUACUUUACGCGUAUUGGCAAGUUGUAAGGGUGGUUGUCAGUCUAUAAUGUUAUUGGCUGAGAGCUUUUGUUACUUACAGAUUUAAAACUCAUGGUACAAAUAUUAAUUUCAUGUGAAAGUUUAGAAAAUUUUGCUGUUUUAGGUUUUUUUCAAGUGCUAGGAACAUGAAUCAUGACAGAUUUUGAUAAUGACUCAAAUGCAUUUCUACAUAUUACAUAAACCAGUUUUUUUUAAUGUUAAUUAGCUAUUCUGGUUAACGUUGAUUGACUAAUACAUGCACCAGCUUUAAAUCAGGUCACAUUUUUCUUCUUCAUAUCAGUCUUUAAUUCCAAAAUACAUUACUAUUUCGGGGUAAAGUCUCCGCAGAGACCCCCUUAUAAUCUUUACCUAGGGUGCCAGGGGCCCCCUGGCACCCUGGAUUAGAUGUAUAUAGGCAUAGGCAUACAUAUAUAUAAAUUUAUACAUAUAAAUAUCUACAUAUAGAAAACACAAACAUAUAUGCAUACAUACAACACACACACACACACAUAUAAUAUACUGUUAUAUAACAAAAUUUAUUAACAUGUUAUGGCAAAAAAGGUUGUUAUUUUUACGGAAAAACAACACAAAAAUAUAAUAAUGUACAUAAAGAACCUGAAACUGCCAUAUGCGGGGUUAACAAUUCAAAAGUUCAUAUCACAACCCCCAUGGCAGCACUAUAGGAGGACAGGACCCCUCCUCAUAGUGGGAACUUCUUGCAAAAUACCAGUAUAUAAAAUGUUUAUUACAAAAUUUUAUUUGAUAUAGAAAUAUAGUUGUUUGUAAUCAAUUCAAAUUGUUCAAAAUAAACUCACAUUGAAGCAUAGUUAAAAAUGUGCAUAUACAGAUAUUUGUCAGAGGUUUCAUAUUAGAAAAAGUCAUACCUGUAUAUAUGUAUGUAUAAAUUACAAUUUGUCUUUAAUUGCUUUCAUAACUUUAGCAUAUUUUUUAUCCUGAAUUUUUGUGUACAUUUCUGUAUAAAAAUUCAAUUUACUUUUUAUGUGAUUACAUAUUUCUUGAGGUUUUUCGUCUUUGUUAUCUAAUCUACAGUACAUUUUAUACUUGUAUAUUUUACAGGCAAUAAGAGAUAUUAUGCUAUUCAAAAAGAGUGUCUUUUCAUUGUUUUCAUAGUAAAAUCCUAUCACAAUUGUUUUCCACGAUAUAUAAAAUUUCAAAAUUUGUUUAACAAUGUCCCAUAUAUGAGAAACAAUUUUUACAUUUUAAGAUAAGAUGUUCAUUGUUUUCUUUAAAGGGACUGAUUCACGAUUUCCCCCAAAAUUUUCUUUUUCACUUUUAAUGAUAAAAAUCUACUGUCUAAUGUAUUUAAAAGAGUUCACAUAAAAAUUAAGGUUAUACAUUAUCACAGAAGCUCAUUUUAGAGAGUUUAUUAUUUGUUUUGUAAACAAAGAUUGCGGUAUGUUAUUGUUUAUGAAAUUGUCAAAAUAUAUGGAUAUCGAUCUAAGUUUAUUAUAUCUUUCACAUUUCGUAGCAGUUUUGGGGUAAAUGUGUCAUCUAAAAGUUAAAAUUUGUGACUAUGCAAAAUAAAGAUGCUUUAUAUUACAAAAUCAAUAUUUCACUUGUUUGUUUGUAUACAUAAAAAGACUCGAGUCUUUGUUUACAUAACACAGAUUCAAGGCUAAAAUAUUGCUUUAUUUCUUGCAUUCAGAAGGUCAAAAUUUUGGCUGUCAAUAUUAAAUGAGUUAUAUUUUUAAUGUUUACCAUCAAAAAUUAAAUAUAGUUUUAUCAAAAAUCGUGAACCAGUCCCUUUAACAUCUCUGCAAAAGACACAAAAAUCAUUUUCUACUAUAUUCCAUUUCUUCAGCAAUUCUCCGUUACACAAUAGGUUAUUUAACAAUUUAUAAUUAAAUUCUGAUAUACUUCUGUCUCUUAUGGAUAAGAUUUUUUGUUCAUAAAUAGAUUUCCAAGCCGUUUUUGGUAUUUCAAAAACCUUUCCGUAAUAUGCUUGGUGUAAUGGAGGUAUAAAUUUUUCAUGGCAAAAAAAUUCGUAAAUCAACUUUGAAUUGAUAUCACACACUUUAACAUGUCCUUUACAUAAUAAAUGGUAUGAUGUAUUCCCAUGAAAAAUGUUUUCGUAUCGUAUAUUUGAAAAUUCAUAACUUUUGAAUGUUUUUGUUAUGACUGUUUUUAUAAUCAUAUAUUCACACAUCCAGUUUUUUGUUUGUUUUUUUUACAUAUAAGUUUGUCAUCAAACCAUUCCAAAGGUUUUAUGCCAUUUUCAUUUACAAUAUCAUUCAAAUAUUUAAAACCGCUCCUCAGCCAAUUAUGAAAAAAUAUUGGCUUGUUUUUGUACAUAAAAUUUUUAUUACACCACAACGUUUCUUUCAAUAAUAUAGAUUAUUUGAUGCUAUAUACAAAUAAUCGCAGUUAAUUGACUAGAUAUUUGUAUAUCAGUUUUGUAUCCAAGUUUGAGAAACAUUUGUGGUACAACUUGUCUAAUCUCUUAACCGGAAGUCUCUACCGUACAAGUUAAUAACCCAUUACUACUUCCUGUAACAUUUACCCGCCACUGUCAAAUGUGUCACCAGCCAUCAAUUGUUGAAA